UCUAGACCCACACACAGGUACUUUUGCUCAUUCUACCAUAUAGUGAUUGCUGAUAGCUUCCUAAAGCCAGAUUCUCUUCACCACUCCUCCAUGAGAACAGCAUAUGAUGAAGCCUCAGAAACAACAGUGUAGCAAAAAUAUCUGAGAAGUAGAUAUUUUCUUCACAAUGAUACAGUAAAAAAGUUGAAAUGAUUUUGCUGACUAGAUUGAAAAGACAACUCUGUAUAUGGUGAUGAAAUAUGUUGGUUGAAGAAGUACAGACUAUACAAAGCUGCUCACUAACAGGGACCGCUGUUCAGAGGCAGCUUCAAAGAAGGAUUCAGGAUGACCCUGCUUUAAGAACUCGGUGUUGGUAGGAAGCCAAAAAGCCUGAAGGAGAAAGCAAGGAGAAGGAGUAAGCAAGGCAAGACUUGUCUCCCACCCACCUCUACGAUGCUUUUAUUGGUUUACUGAAAGACCAAUUCCACAAAGACUCAUCUGUAGCAUGUUAUUCGGACUCUGACUUAAUCUUGAUUUGCUGGUUACUCAACACUCCUUUUCAUUACUUUUCUAUAUUUGUUUAUUUGAUCCACCCUUAACAGCUUGGGCGAUGGAGGCAUCUGUUGUGUUGCACACCAAACUCAGAAACAGAUCACUUAAUGUGAGAAACCGAAUUGAAGAGCUGGAUGUUGACAUACAGCCCUGUUUCUCUCAUGCCUCUCGAAGAAAGCGUGAGUUCAUUCCAGAUGAGAAGAAAGAUGCUCUCUACUGGGAGAAACGUCGCAAGAACAACGAGGCAGCAAAGCGCUCAAGGGAGAAGAGGCGUGUCAGUGAUUUUGUGAUGGAGUCCAAGUUACAUGCACUCAAUGAGGAGAACCUGUGCUUGCGAUCUGAACUGCUGUCUCUCAAAUUGCGUUUUGGGGUGAUAAGCCCAGCUGACUAUGGAAAGCAUAUGCAGUCGCUUCAUCUCAACAACAGCAUGCAGUCUGAAACGGAUGCACAGUACCUACUGGACAAAAAAGCUAGCUCUGUCUGCAGGGAUGACUGGUACAUGGCACCUUCAAUGGGAAGUACGCCUUCCUGUUUAGUGAGAAACAGCACUCCAUGUAUAAUGCCAAAAUACAUUGCCAUGUCACACCCCUCCUCACUCUCCCUGUCUUCAUCCAUGAAUAGAUCAGCUUUCAUGCCAACCUGCAACUUUCUAAGCAAGUUUCCUAACUGUCCUUGGCUCCAGUACUAUGAUCCUCGAUAUCCUGCCUCCUUACCGUCUUGUUUCAGUGGACGGCAAACUCACGGGAAGGUGCCCUUGGAUGACGAGUGUGAGCAGCAAGUCCCAGCAGCACCCUUGCUUCCGGUCUUGAGAGAUAAUAUUUCUCCUGGCUUGGAUCUCAAGGCUGCUCUGCCCCAUAAACUGAGGCUAAAGGUCAGACCUUUGUGUGGAAGGUCUGACUCAGAUGGGGAGGUAAUGGACAGAAUGGGUCACCAGUCCACUGAAGGCACAGAGAGAAACUGCACCUCUCACUGAUUUCCCGGGACUGAAUUGCUUAUGGUGACUUUGCUCUGCAUAAAAAUUGUGACGUACUAUAUAAUGCAAUUCAUGGCCAGAUAUUAACCAACAUCAUGACAAAUCAUACAUUUGCUAGCAACAUGAGCCAUGAAAAUGCAGUAAAUGUCACUCUGUGCCACCAUGCUGCUAAGUUUAUUAUGGCGGUACUGUCUCGUCUCUGUCUUAACUCUCUUGAAUUGCACGGUGUACUUUCAACAUGCUGUCGUGGUUUCAAAUCCCAACAGUCAAAAGUUGCUUCAAGUGGCCUGUUCAUGAUGUGGAUAAGAAGAAAGGUGACUAAAACUUUGAUCAUUGAGAUAUCAUUUUAGAGCCUUCAGCAUGAGAUCUGGCCUAGAAAAAGAGCAACUUACUAUUUACAGCAAUAAUGUCAUUCUCGAGAACUUUCUUUUGUAUGAACAAUUGAAAAAUUCCUCAGCGUAACUCUUUUCUUGUCUUUUAGCCCUUUUUUGCAUUAAAUGUCUCUUUGUUUUCCGCUUAA